AUGAAACAACAUUUAUUAUUAUAUUCUAAUUUAAUUGCCUGCGUUUUACUUGGAGCUUGUUCUAAUCAAAGGUGUAACGAAAGAUGCUGUAUGAACUAUUAUGAAGAUCAAUACGGAUCAUGUACUGAGUGUCAACCAGGUACGUUUGGGGUUAACUGUACUGGAACAUGUGUCCCAUUUUAUUAUGGAAGACUGUGUCGCAGCAAAUGUGAUUGUCCUCUACACCAGUGUGAUUUAAAGCUUGGAUGUAGAAAAAAUAAAGGAUGGGUAGCAACGCCUACACUUGCCGGAAUUGUUAUCAUCGUCGUUCUUAUUGGUCUACUGAUUUUAACAAAAUUCUGGUUAUACAAAAAAAGUCUCCUGAGGAAACAAAUCAUCGAGCCAAACGAGAACCAAACAGAAACUAUCGACGAAGAGCGGAGGUACGAUCGGCUUUCAAGUUCAUCGUUCCCCGAUGAGGCAGGAAAUAUACAACAACGUGGACAGCUUAAUGAAAACAACUAUACCGAUAUGAGGCUGUCUGUCGUUUCCCUAGUUUAUGAUGAUCCAAAUUGUGAACCAGAUCAAAAAUCUUUUGCAAUGCAAGCAAAAACCAAACAAUCCUUGACUGCUCAGAAUUUAUCGCAUGAAGAUGGUGAAGAUGAAAGUUAGAAUGAGGAAGAUGAUGGAUACGAAGAAUGUGGACAUUUAUCUAAGCCUGAGGUGUAUCAUGAUUUACCAUUUUGCAGUGAAUCAUCAGACAAAAUGAUUCAAGGCAUGUCGCAUGCAACUGUUGAAACAAUAGAUAAUUCAUCAAGUAAAAUACAAGAGAGGUAUAAAUCGGUUUUACCAACUAAUUGAUAACGUAAAAUAACACAAAGUGGA